AACUGUUAUAUAACAAGAGUUCGUUCCACACCCACAAACACAAACAGAAUUUCAAAUGACCAACGAUCAUCAAGAUACUCAUCCACCCAUCACCACCAUCGACCACCACCACCACCAACCGUCGUCAUCCACCGCCACUUUCACCAAACCACUUCCCCAAACCCCAUCUUCAAUGUCACCCACCAACACCAACACAACAGAAACCAAUUCCACCCCUGAAUCACGCAUCGCCGCCGCACUUGGCCGCGCAUUCUUAAACAUCCCCCCAUCUUCUUUCCAAGACGCCGCCACCACCACCACCAACCCGCUUCUUCGAACGUUAUCAGACGCUGAUUCAUCCGCCAACCAAACAACCACCACCACACCUCCUAAAGUCCCAAGAAUCAACAACAACCCGCUUCGCAGGACACUUUCUGAUUCCAUCACACCCGAUCAUCAACAAACCAAGAAAACCGGGCUUCGCAGGACACUCUCUGACACUAGUGAGUAUCAACUACCACAGAAAACACCAAGAGUUUCGUCGUCCCCUCAGUCUUCCAGCGGACGACAGAGUCCCCAAUCAGAGGUUAUAAUGAAGAAAGUGGAAGAUAUGGUUAGAGAGAUUGAACAAAGGUGUUGGGAGAUUAUGCGCGUAGAAGAACAUGUUGAAGAGGAGAUUCCUAAGCCACAUGAACAAGAGGAGUGUGUAGGGGUGGAGCGAAUGAAGAAUGGGGAUUUGCGGUUUGAGUUGAGUUGUUCGUGUGGUAAGCGUUUCGAAAUGUUGAUCAAACACAAUGGGUAUUGCUUCUACAGAUUGACAUGAUGACAUAGCUAAUAGUUUUCUCUUCAUCAUCAAUCAAAUAGUUGAUGGUUGGCUGCUUCAUACAGUUCUUGAUUUGUUUCAAAUAUGUUCUUAGUGGAUUUUGACUCUAUGUGAGAUGAAUUGUAAUAACAAUGGUAAUAACAUUCAAAUUCUUUUAGAAAUA